GUCAUUUCGCCAGCACUAACAAACAGGGUGAAGAGAAUAAGUGGCGGAAGGAUACACGAAAAAUAAUAAAAAAAACAUUAAUUAAAUUAAGUAAAAAGUGCCAAAGGCAGUAUUUAGCUUGUGGUUUAUACCAAUUUGUUAAUAACAUCAAGUGCAGCCAUGACGGAAGAGUGGCAGACACAGAAGUUUCGUCAGAAUGUAAUUUCCAAGAUCCACGACAUGUUGCCGCAGAAUGGGCAGGAUCCUAACAAGAAUGCCAGUAUGAUGGAAAGUCAUAUAUUUCGGAAAUCCCGCACUAAGGAUGAGUACUUGGGUUUGGUGGCCAAAUUAUUUAUGCACUACAAGGAUAUGUCGCAACGAAAGUCCCAGCAGCAACAGCAGCAACAACAACAGCAGCAGCAGCAACCACAAGGCGGACCCCCGAAUGCUGAAAUGGGACAGCAGUCCAUGAUACCAGAUCCUCUGAAUGCCUUGCAAAAUUUGGCCAGCCAAGGCAAUCGGAAUCCCCAACUUAUGCCCAUGUCGAGCGGAGGUGUAGGUGUGGGCGUAGGCGUGGGUGUGGGUGUAGGCGGAGGUCCGGUCCCAAAUCAAAUGACUGGACCAGUUGGUCCGGGAACUGCGUCGAAUCUUCUUCAAUCGUUAAAUCAACAACGUCCAGGAGGACAACAGCAGAUGCCCACAAUGCCCAACAUCAGAGGGCAAAUGCCGAUGGGCGGUGUGGGUGUGGGCGGCGCUGGUCCCCAGCAGCAGCAACAGAUGGUUCAGGUUCAACAAAUGAAUGUAAUGGCUGGCGGAGGUGGAGGAGCAGGAGUUCCCGGCAAUCAAUCGCUUCAGGGUAUGCCAAAUCAAAUGGUCGGCCCUGGACCAAAUAGUGGCCCAUUACCAAGUGGCCCUGGCGGUGGAGUUGGUGGUAACGUUGGAGGAGCGUCUGUUGGUGGCGGUCCGGGCGGAGGUCCUCCCAUGAAUGUUAACUCCAUGCAACAGAUGCCCAUGCAGCAAAUGCAACAGAAUCAAAUGGCGAUGGGCAUGAAUCCAAUGAUGCGUCUGCAACAAGGUGGUAAUGGCAUGGGUCAGAAUAUGCCGGGCAUGCCUCCCAAUAUGCAGCCCACAGUGGGUCAACAGCAGCAACAAAUCGGAGGUGGUGGCGGCAUGGUGAAUGUACCAAAUAUGCCGCCAAAUCUGCAGCAACAGCAGAAGCCAAAUCCCAUGGCUAUGGGUCAGGUGGUCGGGCCUGGUGGGCAAAUGUUCCCGGUUGGUGUCGGCAAUAGAGGACCGCAACAACAACAGCAACCGGGUCAGCAGCAGCAGCAGCAACAACAACAGCCGGGACAGCAGCAACAACAGCCGCCAUUUAUGCGUUCCAGUCCCUCGCCCGCAGAUGCACAACAGCAGCAGCAGCAGCUCCAACAACAACAACUCCAGCAAUUGCAACAGCAGCAGCAGCAACAACAACAGCAACAGCAGCAACAACAACCGCUUACCCCACAAAUUCCUACACCCCAGAUGAUACCAAGUCCCGCCCUGGUGCCACAAUCGAGCCCUGUCCAGAUGCAAAUGCUGCAACAGCAGAACUCCCAGAAUCGAAAUAUACGUCAGCAAUCGCCGAGUGCUUCAAUAAACACCCCCGGACAAAUAGUAACUGGAAAUAGUCCCUUCAAUCCGCAAGAGGAGGCCCUAUACAGGGAGAAGUAUAAGCAAUUAACAAAAUACAUUGAACCGCUAAAGCGAAUGUUGGCCAAGAUUAGCAAUGAUGGAACUAAUGUGGAAAAAAUGGCCAAAAUGAGUAAGUUGCUCGAAAUCCUGUGCAAUCCCAGCCAGCGGGUGCCCUUGGACACUUUGCUAAAGUGUGAAAAGGCUUUAGAAAAAAUGGAUUUGGUCUCAUAUUCGGGUCAACAGUUUGGGAAAUCGUCCAAUCCCUUGUUGGAGGUGAUAACUACCACUCUGCAAAGUCCUUUGGCCAAUCAUACAUUGCACAGAACAUUCCGUCCCAGUUUGGAAUUACUUUUUGGCACUGAUAUUUCUGCUCCCAAGAAACCACGUGUAGAAGAAAAGAAACCCAACUUUGAAUAUUUCCAUCAGGAAGUUCCCCAUGUCCUGCAAGGAGAAAUUGCUCGCCUCGACACAAAGUUCAAAGUGAAAUUGGACACAACGGCUCAGAACACAAACAAAUCGAUUAGUUUAAUUUGCUGUCUGGAUGAUAAGCGCUUGCCAAGUGUACCGCCCGUUAGCGUCAGUGUUCCAGAAGAAUAUCCAUGGCAGGCACCGGAUUGUUCUCUUUACAGUCAGGAAUAUUCGGCCACACCAUUUCUCCAGUUGGUUCAACAGUCGCUUAGUGCUCGCAUCUCAAAGUUGCCUAAAAACUACUCAUUAUCCCACUUGCUCGACACUUGGGAAAUGGCCGUAAGACAAGCUUGUUCGCCAAAUGCAAGCAAGCUAAAUCCGGUGACCAUCAAUGAAUUGACCACCUUGUUGGGUGUGUAAGGGCGAGUCCCAAUAAUCCUCCUUAUUGGCAAAUGUUUUCUAAACUUUUUUUUUUUAACCACAUCUUUUUUAUACCUCUUUUAUU